ACAUAACUUGUUCUUUUGUAUUAUACUCUUAUAAUCUCAUUUGCUUUGGUUGCUCGUGUGUGACUGUGAGGCCAUUGGCGCAGUUCUACUUUCUCAGCACUGCUCUCUGGAACAUUCUCUUGAGAAAAGAGUGAGUUUUUGUUUUUGUUUGACCUUUUUGGAGUGGGGUACUGAGGAAUCAGUGUUUGGUUUGCCCCAAAACAAUGGUGCAAGGUGUUUCAUUGAGCACUCUGGCAACCUGUGGAAAGAGCAGGCUCUGUGGAUCAUCCCCAUCUUGGAUGGCACCCUUUGAGCCAUUUAAGAGAUCCCAAAUUACCUCUGCCACUGGCAAACAAUUGGUUUGGAACCAUUCUGUGCAGAGGUUAUUCUUAAUUGGGUACCCUUAUGUUUCAAGGCACAGUGGUUUUAAGGCUGAAGCAGCAUGGAUGUUCAGAGGGGGAGAACAACGGUCGGAUGCAAGUUCAGAGCACAGUGAAAGUGCUAAUGAGGAUAUCUUGAUGUUCUUCUUUCAGCUGGACUUGGCCACUAGAGUACAGUAUGCUUUAAAUAUGGAGCAGUAUGACAUUGCACAGCAGCUGAGAAACAAGCUUACUGAGGUUGAAGAAGAGGUAAUCAAGCAACAACAAUCAAAAAGGGGAUUAUCUUCAAAAAGUGAAGCUCAAGAUAAAGCUCUAAGUAUUAUACGUCUUCGUUCAGACCUCCAGAAUGCUGUUGAGAAUGAGGAUUAUGCCUUGGCUGCUGAAUUACGUGAUAAAAUUUCCAAACUUGAAGCAGAGUCUCUAGCUGCAUCAGCUAAAGCUUUGGCACAUGAAAAUGCACAAUAUGCAUUCCGAUUGGGGCAGAAAGUGAAACAUAAAAAAUUUGGCUAUAAAGCCGUGAUCUGUGGAAUGGAUCCAGUAUGCGGUGAAUCAAGUUCAUGGAUGGAAAAUGCACAGGUUAACAAAUUGUCUCGUGGUUCCACUCAACCAUUUUAUCAGGUUCUUGUUGAUGUACAUGCUGAACCAAAUCUAUUGGUUGCAUAUGUUCCAGAGGAGAAUCUUGUAAUUCCUGACAAACCAGACAUUGGAAGGUUUGAUCAUCCCUACCUCUCUUUUCUAUUCUAUGGAAUGGAUUCAGCUGGAGAUUUCAUCCCAAUUAAACAACUACGAGAGAAGUACAAUAGACCAAGGCAUGAAAUACCCAUUGACCCACCAAAUGAUGAAGAUGGAGGCAAAGCUUAAAUUACCAAUGUGAUGAGACUAUGUGCACUGUUCAUGUGGGUCGGGAAUUUAGAGGUUGAAAAUCUUCUGACAAUUUAUUCAAGAAAUCAGUUGAUUGGCUUUGCAGGAAACUUGAAGACAGGAAAGUGUUCCUUGUGUCGUGUGCACAAUGAUGACUACCUUUCUCUGUGAUCACUCAUGUUAUAUUCUGUACUAUAGGUUUUCAAUUUUCAUGCCUUCAUCACAGUAGUGAAGAUACUGAUUAACUACAUAACCCUGCCUCAUACAUAUAAUGUGUAUAGUGUUAUCCAAAUCAGUUACCUCCUGAAAUGGGAUGGGAGAGGUUGUCUUUAUAAUUGAGCAUAUUUUACUGGAA